GCGUUAUGUUGGUUACGUUACUUGACCUCAUUUGGAGCUAUCGUAGAGCGUGAUCCUUUCCGUUUCAGAAUGACCCAGUUCAAUUUCCGCUCCACCCCUUGGAAUGCUCGUACGGGCUAUAAAUUGGAAGUUAGGAGGAUUUCGCAAGCAUUAGCAUUCCUGUCUCCUUUAAACCCACGGCUCUUUGCGUUUGAUUCUAAGGGCUGACUAAAUUACCACUACUUGAUUAGCGAAAAGAAGUUUUAGCAAUGGGAAAUUUAAUUGGAAUUGACUCUCACAAGAAGCAACAGAUCGAAGGUAAGACUUGUGAAUGUAAACAUACGCAAAUAGUUGAGAUUUUCGUGCCUGCACGUUCAGUGAAGUUAUAAAUGAUGGAACUUUAUCGAAAUUACACACUGAUCGACGUUCGUGCGACUACUUUGAGAACAAGCUUUUUUCUCAAACCAGUCAUUCUUUUUUUUUUUAACAAACAGGAAUUAAUUACCGCAGUGAAAGCAAGAAAAUUGCUCCUUUCCUAACUCAAGUAUUUCGGUGCUCGUUUUGCGAUCACGCUCAGCCUAGUUAUCAAUCCACUGAAUGCAGACAAAAAUGUUUUCAGAAACUGAUGUGUAAUGAAACUGAAACUUAUAUAAAAAAAAUUUGGAAGAUUAUUGUUUUGCAUUGUAGUUAAAUUAAGUGCAACGUGUAAUGUCAUUUUAUUGCUCAAUAUACCUGGUUUAGUUCAACAUAAUUUACCUGACUGGUUUGUGGAGAUUUGUCGGAACUUGUAGUUGAUCAUCCUCUCUUCAGUUGAAUCGAUAUUUUGCCAUUUCUGGUCAUAUGUAGAAAAUCAAUACGUAUUUCCGGGAGGAAAUAGCGAAGAGAGCAGUCAACGUCGUGAAAGUGAUAACAUGGGUGUACAUGUAUAUUCGUGUCCCACCCAAUUCAAUAGCAGCUUUGACAGAUACAUCACAUAAUUAGGAAGCGAUUCAGCUAGAUUCAGCACGAACCAAUUCGUACCUGAUGGAAUGCCCAUAUAUUUGUUUUGAUUGAUAAAAUUAUUAUUUUUCUACACAUUUGUUAAAAAAAUUUAUUGUUAAAAUAUACAUGUAUUUGAUAUUUACAGUAUGUGACUGAUCACUCACGAUAAAUUUUCGUUGAUUUGUUCCUCUCCCUUUAAUACACGUGUGUUUUAUAACCAUCAGCAGUUUCCGUUUUGAACCGUGAAGUAAUUGGGUCAGUAAUUGUAUGCACAACUGUCAAUAUACAUGUUCCAUAGAUAUUUUUUUACAUUGUUAUUUUUGUUUUUAUGUAAUUCAAGGUUUGUGAACAUAAUUUAUAUUUCUCAAAAUAAUUGUGCCCCUUUGAAUAAUUUCCAACCCAGUUUGAGUUUUGUUGUCUGUGUCUCCUUUUCAAUUUCAUUAUUGGGAACAAAGGAAAUUGAAAAUCAAAGGAAUUUAGACCUUUUUUUUUUAAUUUAACUGGUAAGACAUUGAUAACACAGGAACUAUCCUAUUUGCCUGGGUUUUUUUCACUGUAGUGUAAGGAGAUAGAGGCAAAGGGGGUUCUAAUCCUAUUUCAAGCACAAAUUAAGGAACCCUUAUAUGUUUAAAUAGCAUUUCACUUGUCAAAUUUAAAAGGGAAACCUUAAAAAUUCCUCCUUUUGUGUGUAAGGUUUCAAGGAAAUUUUGAGGUUUUCACGAAAUGAAAGAGAAAUAAAUUCACAGGUCACAUCAUUAUAUUUCAGGUGGCAAAUUAUAAUGUACCUUACUCUGGUUUAAAAAUUCAAGAAUCAUGCUCAUCCUCUUGUAAAAAUUCAUGACUUCAUCUCAUCACAAUUAAACCCUUCACUACCUUCUAAGGAUAAAAGAACAUGUAGCAUUCAUACAUGUACUUGUAUUAUUGCCAAACAAUUUUUUUCCUGUGCUUGCAGACAUUGCUCAAGAAUUUCUACAAGAGUUCACGUUAGCCUACAACACAGCCUAUGGAGUUGAAUACACAAAGUUAACCUUGAAGGAAAUUGAUGCAGAAUCCUUUGCUGAAGAAAAACCAGCUUAUCAGUUAAUGCAGAGAUCAGUAAGUUUUUUUUUUUUGUAUUUCUUAUGAGGCCUGCAAACAUUACGUUAGGGUUAUAGGUGCCUCAAGAUUCCCCCUAAAAAGCAAAGUAGUAGGUGAAGUUUCAGAAAUUUAUCCAGGUACGUAAAAGAACUCAUACAUAGUAAUGAUCUUUGAAAUUCUGUUUUCUUUAAUUUGUUUCAGUGGGAUAGUAUCAAAAAUCCAUUAAAAAUGGGGUAUCUCACAAAGAAAGGAGCAGUUGUCAAGAACUGGAAGAGACGUUACUUUGUGGUUAAUCCUGAUUACUCUGUUGACUAUUUUGAAAAUGAAGAGGUAUGCAAGUUAUUAAUACUACUAUUACAAUCAUACUAUUAUCACCAUCACUAUCAUUAAUGAUAUCAUUAUCACUAACCUUUAAAGCCUUUACUAUCAAGAUCUGAUUUUAAAUUCUCCCCUCUAGCUGCUACACAUUUCCUUGUCAAUAAAAUAGAAGAAUUUGGUGUUAGAUCAGGAUAUAAACUUCUACCUGAUAUGUUUGAGUACUCUCAUCACCUGUUUGCUUGGUAAUGUAUGAAGAUUAUAGGGAGAAGUUUCAUUUGAAUCACUUCUGGAAGUUAAAGGGUUAACUCCCAAGAUCCAAUUUAAAAUUCUCCCUACUUACUGCCAUACUUUUCCUUGUAAAUUAGACAAGAGAAUGUAGUCUUAUUUCAAAGUAACAUGGCCUCUAGCUGAUAAGGUUGUCUUUAAUAAUAACCCACUAGCAUGAUGCACAUAACAUAUUGGAAUUGCACAGAAAAAUUACAUGUUAAUUAUGUCAGAGUCUAAACUCUAUUUAAAAAAUGUACAAUGAAAACUAUGGAUUUUCUUGUCAUGAUUGUUAGACUGUGUCAAGGGUUUUCUUGUGUUGAGUAAUCAUGCUAAAGUGUUUUUCACUCACUGUGUUGUAUAAUUUGUGGACAGGCAUACGAGAAAGGUUUCAAACCCAAAGGCACCAUUUUUCCUUGUGGAUAUGAAGUCAAUGGUAACUUGGACGAAACAAUGGCAGAGAGAGUAAAGAAUCUGGCAAAACAGAUGAGUAAGACAUUCUCAGAAUAACUGUUUAAUUAAAAGGAACUAUUCAAUACCAUUAAGAGAUGACAAAUGAUGCUUGUUCUUUUUAUACCCAUGUACAGUAGCUUGAAGUUUUUUUACUUUUCUAUUUUUAUCAUAUUGACAAUUAUUCAUGAGCUUACAAUUAAAAAUAAAAAACUUAAUAAAUAGUAACGUAGCAUUGUUGACUUUGGAGACUAGAGUGCAUACCAAAUGUUCAGUCAGUUGAUGUUGUUUAUUGAUAAGUGCAUUGAAUGUAGGAAUGUAUCAAGUGAAACAAAAUUUACCCCUCCAAAUCAGUUAUAAAGUUAAUAAAAUACUUGAUUUAUUUUUCUCUAGUUUCAUAUACCUUUCUGUUGUGCAUUUUCAUGUUAAUGAAACAAUAUUUUAUUAAUUUAUAUUGUCUAUAUCUGUUAACAUUGACCAGAGGUAGAUGAGAAAGAGAUAGGCACCCCAGAAAAGUACCCUGAACACACAUUUGAGGUUUCCCAUUCUAGAAGAAGGUCUUAUCUCAUCACUGCUGAAAAUGAUGAAGACAAGCAUGCCUGGAUUGAAGCUUUCAAAGUUUGUUGCAGAAAAGCUGAAGGUAAGCAAGGAAUAAGACCAGUUAACACUGUAACAACUGGUUUUGACAGUUUGAUACAUGCACCCACUAACCUCCACUCCUGAGUUGUGAGAAGUAUACUGUGAGAGUAAAGUGUCUUUCCCAAAAAUUCAAUCAUAGGCAGAGCACACUACAUGUUUGUGUUUUAAUAAUUGUUGACAUGAGAUGAACAAAAUGUGUGAGGGUUAUGUCACUAAAGCUCUGAAAAUUGCAUAUCUUCAUUACAUCUCGGUCUGAAUACCUUGAGUCAAUGAAACUAAAUGAAAUGUUAAUUGGUGCAUUUGGGGUAUUUUUUCACCCUAAUGGGCUGUCUUUCCUCUCUUAAUGGUCUCCAGCCAAAAUUAAUUUCAUCAAAAGAUGCUUCAAAUGAGCCACAAGGGCAAAAACAAAAAAUAUCCACAAAUGCAUCAAUUAACAUUUCAUUUAAUUUUAUUGAGAUAAUUAUUCAGACCAAGAUGUAAUGUAGAUAAUGCAAUUUUUGGAGCUUUAUUCGUAACCUCAUUAAUUUUCUCAUAGAUGCCAAAACCUUAUAGUUACAAUAAUUAUGAUCAUCACAUGAGUGUAAUCUAUUAUUGAACAGAGUGACAUACUAUACACAGCAUCUGUAUGUUAGCUUCAGUAUACACGUGUGCUGGAACUUUUUGAAGUAAUUUGUUGGUUUACACCUCUGCUUUUUGUGUUUUUUGGCAAAUGAAGGAUUGAAAAGUGAAGAUCCCGUGGGCUGUGCUGCUUUUAAAGUGGCUUUGUGGAAGACGUACUGGAGGUACAGAGUUGAAGGAACAGAGGAACAGGUACAUGUAUUUUAAAAUUAUUGCUUUGUCCAUUAACUCAGCAUGAUCACCCCUGCCACUCAUGACAGGAGAGUUUUUGAUCUAGAGUCCAGGGUUCAGACCCCCGAGGUGUAGCAAUUAAUUCCUCUUGGCAAAGUACAUGUACCUCACUUUUCCAAGUUGUGUGUAAGCUUUUGUAACAUAAUUUUUCACUUCAAUAGGUUCUCAGUGAUAUCCUUGUGGACAGGAUCAACUAUCGUGUCAUGUCUGAUGUGUACGCUGAGAUUCGAGGAGGCUGGACAAUGAAGCAAAAGAUCAGAGAGCAGGUUGGCCUACUAUCUAUUUUAAAUAGGGUCCAGUCUGUUCUGUUUAUGCAUUGUGGCAGUUGUCUGGUUAGUCAUUCCUUUGAAGUUUGUAGUUAGUAAUCAAAAUGGACCAUCAAUUGAAAGAAACAACAGAUAUCACAGUAGGCCAGUGAUAACUCAAAGUAAUUACAAAUUAAUCAAACUCUCCAAAGAACUGGAAAACUCAAGUGUCCUAGAAGUAACUGCUUUUAGCUUUGUUUCUGGUUGGUGUAGAAGAGACCAGUGGUGAUAAAAGUUUUCCAGACUAGUCAAAAGAGCAAAGUGAAGCAAAGAAGUGUAAUCAGGGAUGACUUGAGACACCCAUUCAAAAAGUCUCUAUCGUAAGAUAGGGUUACCACUACCCUCUUCAAUAUGAGCCUAUUGUACAUCAUGAGAUAGGUGAAAGUGGAGCUUGCUGUUUGGAAAAUUCUUGUUGACUGUUUUAUUUUAAAGGUUGUGAAGACUUUAGAUUCUCUUGUAAUGGCUAUGGUCAUUCCAUCAUGGAAAGGAAUGCAGGAAUCUUCUCAGCAAAUGAAAACAGUCCUUGAGCCAACUAUCAAAGACAAAAAGGAUGAACUGGCUGCUGUGCAGCGCAAAGUCAUGUGGGAUUUAUCAGGCAUGUGCUGCAUUUGUCUCUUCUGUCAAAACGUAUUUCGUAUCUGAGAGGAGUCAUUCCUUUUGUUCAUUGUAAGAACAUGGUUGUGGUAUAAUUGGAGUUCAUUGGUGAAAUUAAUUUUUAAUUUUCUCUAGAGCUUCUGAAAAGUACUGUGGAAAAAGUGUUGAAGGACAUGGAAGAGACCAUGAAAGAAAUGAGUAAUCUUUUAAGAACAAGGGUAUGAAUAUUCGUCAUUGUUAUAUUAUUAUUAUUAUUAUUAUUAUUAUUAUUAUUAUUAUUAUUGUUACUAUUACUAUUGUCGUUAGUACCAUUAUUACUACAUGUGCACACUGUUUAAUUUUUCGAAGACUUUAACAAUGCACUGACAUCCAAGAUGCGUUUUAGUUGCUCUAUCAUUUUUUAGUAAGUGUACUUGAUGUUUUCUUUGAUUUUGCAGAUGGAACAAGGUUUGGCAGAGUUAAGGAAAAUCUUCAUCAAGAAAAUCGAUGAAGUCAUUGAGAAAGCAAAGAACACUAAUGAAAUUGAAGCAUCCUUACCUUCAGUAAGGGCUUAUCUUGUCUAUUAUUGAGUAGAUUGUCGAUCAUAGGAAAAUAAAAGUGUGCCCUGGAAGCAAUCCAGGUUUUUCUAUCUAGCAGUGUAUCUACAAGUGGUUAUGAAAUUCCAAAGAAUUACCGAAGCUUCAAACGUUGUAUCGGACGAACGAUGAUUUCAAAGUUUUAACGAACCAUAAAUUAUUUGACGUAUUAUUAAACUAAUCAUUCCGAUAAUAAACCCUUAAAUUGUGGCUUUCGCACGAACAUUAUCGGCCGGCCUCCAAUAAUUAGUGGACUUACCGCAAAUUUUCGCCAUACGAAGAAUUUUCUAGGUGUUUUUUCUCUUGUUUUGUUUUCUUUUCCCUCUUUUUCGGUUGAAUUAAUUCAUGUAUUGGAUAAAUAGCUGAACAAUCUUAAGACUUUAAUCCGCCGUUUCCGUUUGCCGUUAUUCAUAGGUCUAUUUAUUCUUUCAAACUUGUUUUUUUUUUCUUAGUUCUUCCAGACGUUGGACAGAGCGCCUCGUUCAUUGUCCGUGUUGUACGAUGCUUUAGUUUGCAUUCGCUUUGUGAGCGCGCUCCACGAGAAGUUUCAUGAGCGUAUCAACAAACUGAACGGUCAUCUGGUGACAGACAUCGGAUCUGACAAGUUGGCUCAGGUAAGUUAACCGUUCUUCUUUGUGAAAUGUUUGAAGUUAAAAGCAAAUGAAGCAUGAAACUUGGGAAAUCAGUGCAUCAUCUCUUAAGCUAUUUUUUCCUCAGUUCACUUUUGAUUGGGAGCUGAAUGAAAGGUAAGGCAGGUGUUUCGUCAAGUCUCCCCAAACAUUUCUCUGCCACCUCUCUGCACUUGUUGGUUAAGGGAGGCACUAAAAAAGUGUCUGCUCUUCCCCUCAAACUAUCAGUUGUUUUAGUUUGAAAUGCUAACUGUUGAGCUAUUUUGUCUCUUAGAUGUAAACUUUGUUAGCAGCAUUACUUGACGAACUGUGCCCGUUUUAAAAUUUAGAAUGGACGUAGAAGUUAUAGAGAUUUUAGGAGCAUUCAUUGCUAUUUCUUUGUAAUACUCUUUAGCUAAUUUCAGUAAACUGUAAUGUGGUCACCAUACUCCUUUAACACUGUAUAACAACUUUUGUUUCAGCUUCUGGACUCAGCCAUGUUUACUUUUGAGGAACGUUUGAAUGAAGGAAUCUCUGGUACUGACGCGAAGGCAAACGGUGAAACAGCCGCGGACAUAAUGAAAGUCGUCAAGGAGGAAGUACUUUUGGUAAGCUGAUUUACCCGACGCAACCUUCAUCUUUGAGAAAAUGACGUUGAAAAAAUUUUUUAUCCCUUUUACGGGGAAAAAGAGGAAAUAGCCAAGUUGGUUCGUGAUGUGGGAAGAUUAUUUUUCAACUCUGUUAAGGUUUACUUCAACUGAUCCUUGAGUUUGCUUUGGAUGAAGUGAUGCCAUCCCUUGGGGAUAACUUGAAUAGGAGCCUUCUACUCUUUGGCGCACAUGGUUUUACUUAGUAAGCAUUUUGUCAUAUUUUUUUUCCAAUCCACAGAAAUACGACGAGGACCAAAAAGUCGUGCUUGAAGAGUACUUGAUGGAGUCAAUGCUGUGCAUGUUGGUGCCUCACACCCACAGCUUCACGGAUGAAGUUUGCAAACCAGUAAGUGAUGCCAGACGAUGAAAAGUAACAUGAACCCUUUAACUCCCUUGAGUGACCAAGACAGAAUUUGUCCUUACAAUUACAAUGCAAUAUCAAGUAGGCAAGUGAUGAGAAUGGAGAAAAACAACAAUUAGGAGUUUAUUAGUUGAUCUAUUACCAAAUUCUCCAACUCUGAUCAUAAGAAUUGUAUGGAGGAAAGUAAGGAGAAUUACUGAUGAUAUCUUGGGAGUGAAAGGGUAGCUCUACAGGGCGUGAAAUUAACUUUUUUUUCUGAUAGCCACUUGGCUCCUAAAUUCUUCAAAGUGGUAGCCAAUUCAAAAAAAGUUGGUCGCCAUUUUCAAAGACAAACAAAAUCUUUCUUUACGCUGUCAGCGUUCUAGAUAGACCCUCUAAAAUUAAGUUAGGGAAAAGAUCUUUAACGUGCUACAAAGUGGACACUAGGAUGUAUGAUAUACAACUUUCAGGCUCAUCUAAAUCCAAGAUGGCGUCUAGUUAUCGAUCGAGAUGCAUGUGCUACGUUUUGGAAACAAACUUAACGAGGAAAUUUGCUGCGGAUUUAUCUUUGCUAAUUUAUUUAAUUCACUAUAUCUCUUGGUAAGGUUAUGAUGAAACGUUGUAGUCGCCAAUUUGGCGACUAACUUUCAGGAUUUGGUCGCCAAAGUGAAAAAUUUAGUCGCAUUGGCGCCUGUAUUAGGCGCAAUUUCACGCCCUUAGAGUCUAAGAUUCUCUUAUCAAGAAACGCAUCGACUUAUAUUAUGGGAGAAGCCUCCCCAAUGAACUCUCGUAUUUUCUAUAGUUGUACUUAGCGUUUUCAAUUAGUUUCAAAAUUAUGAUUUCAACGGUUUUUGUUUCCCAUGAUCCUUUCUCUGAUGAUUUUUGUGAUUUGUUACAGAUGAUCAAACCAGUGGAAAGUAGCAUACCAGACCCCCUCCGUCAAGCAAUUUCACUCAAUGACAAAUAUGAUACCUACGUGGAAACGAGCUUACGGGACACAAUCAAGAAAGGUGAGUCAAACUUUUCACCAACCCAAGAUCUACAUAUCAAUUCUUGGCAUAUUCCUCGAUACCUUACAAUUUUGGCUCUGAGAACACGAUGUGAAAUCACACAAUAUCGCCUCCUUUUUUGCGGAUUACAAACAAGGAGCAGAAAAUUGAACAGUCCCCUAAAAUUUCUAUAAACGUAUAAGAUGAUUUUGCUUUAAACACUACUCACUUGCCUCCUACCCUCGAAAGCUCAUAAACGUUUUCAUUGAUUUCAAGAAAGUGACUAGUUAAAGCUAAUCCUGAUUAUUUCAUGUUACAGUUUGUGGCAUCGGAGGUUCACCAGUGGCUCAACCAAGUGGCGAGCCCACAACCGAAGAAGAGAAGACCGUGGAACCGAAAGCCGAUGAGCAGGCGAAAGACAAUGAUAAAACCUCGACUGAGCAACCCCAAGCUGAAGAGAAGGCCGGAGAAAAACCGGAUGAGACCGCAAAUGGGGACUCUGUAGAGGUCGAAGAGAAACCAAGUGAGGGCGACGAGAAACAGAAUGAGCUUGAAGAUAAGUCGAGUAAGGCCGACGAGAAACCAAGUGAGGACGAAGGGAAACCGAGUGAGGCCGAAGGUAAACCAAGUGAGGACGAAGGGAAACCGCGUGAGGCCGAAGGGAAACCAAGUGAGGACGAAGGGAAACCGAACGAGGCCGAAGAGAAACCAAAUGAGGACGAAGGGAAACCAAGUGAGGAUGAAGGGAAACCGAACGAAGCCGAAGAGAAACCGAUUGAGGCUGAAGUGAAAACGGAAGAACCUGAAACCGAGAAAUGUGAACUAACAACAGAGCUUUGAAAAUUGCUGCCAAGAUAACUUAAUGUAGACAAGUAAACUCUUACUGAAAUCCCACAAUAUACGGGGGCUGUACUGUUAGACUCUCUUCUUUCUACAACGGAAUUUAAGUGUAGGAAGACAUUAACGAGAGUCGCCAGAAAGAAAUAGGCUGUCAAUUGCUUCACGAAGCUGUUUGAAUGGGAUGUUAGCUUAUGAAACAAAUUCGUAUUCCUUCUGUACAGUUACUUGAGUUCCACAAAAUACUUCUCGAAACCAUGGUUUAGUUGAGCAGCUCUUUCAAACGGUAAUGGAAAAAAUUCAUAUGUGCAUAUCCGUUUUUCGAAGUAUUUUUGUAUUAACCACACCUUACACAGGAAAGUAACCUUAGAAAUGAGUAUUGGCGGCCAUAUAGUGCUUUCAUCUUGUCCGAACAGCUCUCAGAUUUUGCAUUUUAUAUUAAGAGGUAACUCGUCUGCCCUCGUCUAGAGGCAUCGCAGGGCGUGAUCCAUCUUUAUCUGACGUUUGCUUGAAACCGAAACUGAAAAACAGGUUUAAGAGUCACAGGCAAGGUUUUUCCUCAGUCCUAUGUGUGGGAGACGCAGGGGAUGGCAGCUGACAGAUCAAAUUUUAGACCCUGAGGCAGGGCUUUAAUGUCGAAAUCCCUACUCAACGGGGAGUCCUCUCGGUCUGUUUUUCGUUGAUAGCCCCCCCACUUCCGCUCGUCCUAAGUCAAACCAUUGAUAGGUGCAUUAUGUAAAACAGCCAACUGUCAGGAAAACCUAACGAAACCUUUGGGUCGGCAUGCGGUGGAAUGGCAUCUUGUGAUUCUUGUCCUUGGAAAGAAGUAUACCACUCCUUACUGUUAACAAUUGAUACGUAGAGAAACAACACUGGUGUUUCAGAACGUCAUAUUUAAUUUCUCAACUAGACAAAUAAAUUCGAACCAGUUCCUGUAGGAACAUUUAAUUAAAGGAACAAAUAUUGCUAAGACAAGGGUAAAUAAAAAAAUAUUCUGUUAAUUAUUAAUAGGCCUAAUGAAUGGAUUUAUGUGGUGAGUACGAUUGUUAGCACUUGUUAUGCAUUCAUGAAAUAAUACACGUGGAGCAUAAAGUACUGUACAAUAUAAAUUUGGCCGAAUAAAAUUAAAAAGACUAUUUUAUCGCUCUGUAGCGAAUCUCUUAUCAAUAUUAACGUAUGUUGUUUAAAAAGAAAUCACAAAUUAAAAAA